AUGCGAACAUGCCAGCGUGAUCCACGUGAAAUUAUUGAAGUACUGUGUGCCAGUAACUCAUCUCAGUUCCUGUGUGCGAAUGGCCGUUGUAUUCCGAACGAAUGGAAAUGUGAUGGCGAAAAUGACUGCUUGGAUGGCAGUGAUGAGAAAGGGCCUGAUGGUAAACCAUGUUUCGUUGAAAAGGAGUGCCCUCCCAAUACAAUUCGCUGCAACAAUACGAAAAAAUGCAUACCACAGCAGUACGCGUGCGACGGUGAUAACGACUGUGGUGAUUAUUCUGAUGAAGAUGUUAAGUACUGCAAAAAUGGUGAAAUUCCGGUUUGUGCUGCGCGGAAGUUCCAAUGUGAUAAUCACCGAUGUAUCCCGGAACAGUGGAAAUGCGAUUCGGACAAUGAUUGUGGCGAUGGAUCGGAUGAGAAGCUUGAAAUGUGUGCCAAUACGACCUGUUCUUCGAACCAAUUCACGUGUGGCAAUGGUCGGUGCAUUCCGGUUUACUGGCUUUGCGAUGGUGACAAUGAUUGUUACGACAGCACGGACGAAGAUAGGGAACGAUGCCCGCCGGCGGUCUGCCGUCCGGACCAGUUUCGCUGCGCCAAUAAGCGUCAGUGUAUUUCGCUUAAAAACCACUGUGAUGGGCAACAGGAUUGUGAUGAUGGAUCAGACGAGGAAAGCUGUCUCAUUCAGGAAGACAAAUGCGCUCACAAUGAGUUUACAUGUGUAUCCGACGGACUUUGCAUACCGAUGGCAUGGAAAUGCGACGGACAAAAGGUACCGCUUCUUUUUUUUUCUUCUGGGGUCUACAGAUUCUCGAAAAUUAUGCGUAACGUUUUUUUACUGUAUUUCCUUAGAUGUUCAUAAGA